AUGGAUCCCGUGAGCAGUGCUAGGAUGAAUGUCCCCUUCGCCAGCACGCAGCUCGGGGCAGCGAUGCCGCCAGUGACUCCUGGCCCCGCUAGUGUGACAGAUGGGCAGCCCCCACCUGUCACCACCAAGAGUGCCCGUGGCAGGACACAGAGCGUGUUCAUUGUGGAAGACCAGCCUCCUCUUCUCAAAGCUGCCCUUCUCCGUGUGCCCUGCGAACUUGCGCUGGAGAUGGAAUUCAUUGGCGCCUUCCAGAUUCCCGCGUCGCAUGCGCAUCGCAGCCUGGUGCAGAGUUUCAAUGAGACGGUGGCGCCCCUCUUCGCAGCUGUGCCAGGAUUCCAGAGCCUAGAAGUGAUGAGGAUCAGGAAAGGCAGUGUGGUGCUGGAGUACGAUGCCCUCUUCGCUGCGGAGCGGCUGCGUGGGCAGGCGCAGGGCUUGGGAGCCCUUUUAAACCGGACGGUGCUGUCGGGUGCCACCCGCUCGGGUCUCCACGUUGCCAGUGCCCCCGUGCUGUGGAACGUGGUCCUGGAGAGGCAGCUGGACCUGUGCACGGUGCUCUUCUCGUGCCACGCCGGCUUUGAGUGCAUCAGCAGUGGGGCCGGCAAUGCCAGCUGCACGUCCGUGUGCCACAGAGACUACUGCAAAAACCACGGCAUCUGCACGCAUGCACACGACCACGAGCCUGUGUGCCAGUGCCCCACUGGCAGUGACUACUGGUUCAUGGGCCCACGCUGCGAUUACAAGGUGACCCAGCAGAGCCUGCUGGGCGUGGCCUGCGGGGUGCUGCUGACUGUGGCCCUGCUGGGCGUGGCCGUCACCUGCUUGGUGGUCCGGAGGUUCAAGGCGCUGCUCUUGGAGGCCAGGGUUGACCAGACCAAAAGCAGCUACCGCCGGUUUUGUCGCCUUGAUGAUGUGUCAGCUCAAUACUGGUCUCAAUCUUGGCUCGCCUCUGCUAAUUCCUUGGACAACCCAGGCUUCAGCAACUCUGAGGAGCUGCUCCACUUACAGAUGCUAGACAACAGUUGUUGCAGCUGUAAGGAUGACACUAUGGUCGCAGACAGCUACAAGCAGCAGACCACAGCUAUCAGCACAGUUUGCAGGCCCAGCUUUCACUAUGACUGGGACACAAGUUCCAGUAGCAUAAAUGAUCCCAUGAUUGACUCUGGAAAAGCCAGUGAUAUUUCUGUGUCAAGUUGGCCAAUGGAACCAGUUCAGUGGACACCCUUUCCAAUUCUACAUCAUCUUUCCAGACAACGGCCGCCCAAAGCUAGUAGGCGACCUCAUUCCUACUGUGAGGGGAUGGAACUGGUCAAUCUUGAAAGAAGUUGGACAGCCUAAAAAUGGCAGACUAAAG